AUGAGCGCCCUACGCUGGGCGGACUUUGCCGAACUGACACUUUGGAACGACGCCGCGCUGCGCAAGGAAAUCAAGAAGCGCCACGGGCGCUUUCGACCAAAGCAGGCGCAUGGCGGGCUCGUCAAUCAGCUGUGCAAUAUUCGGCAAGCGCAGCGCGCCAGCGAGUCGCGCCGGCAGGAAGUCGCUAGAGCGCAAGCCGGACGUCUGCUUCCGCGGUACGACGACACACUCGUGGCGACCAGAUCAUACGAGUGCUCUCAGUGCUCCUCGCGGACUUUGACGAAGAAGUUGUUCUGCAACCACGAGAAGGAGUUUAAACUCAGAUCCGCCGACGACAACGGCUGGUCGCUGCGGGCGCGGACGCACAUGCGAAGCGGCGGCAGGUGCGAGGCUUGCGGGGUCAACGUCGCGGGGAGCCAGGGGCUCAUUUGGAAGGCGCACAGGCACGCCGCGUCCACUCUCGCGCCGGGUGCGAGCCGGGCUGACUACAAGGCAGCCUACGCCUCCUUCUUCGAGAGGAACCCGAAGCCAGAGGUCGCCCGGCUGGCCCCAUUCGUCCGCUUGCGCAAGGAGACGACGCAGAUCCAACGAGGCUCGCUACUGCAGGCCAGAGCUGCGGAUCACAUCCUUGCAGUCUGCUUGGAUGGCGGCAGCUGCGGCCUCGAGAACAUGCAGAGCUUGUGCAGCGUGUGCCACAACCUCAAGACGGCGGCGGACAAAAGGAAGGAGCCCACCCCAGUCGCGACCGAGCCGCUCCAGUGCAAGUUCUGCACCCGCACCAAUCGCCGCCUCAGCAUCCUCCUCUUCCGAUUCUCGUUGCUCUUCUUGAGCGCAAUCUCUAGCCAAACAUUUCUCACAUAA